AUGACCAACAAAACUGCGGAACAUGUGAACACAUCAACUGCGGGGAUAUCAACUGCAGAACAAACAAACAAAACAAUUCAGGCGAUAAACACCACAACCGCGGAACAUACAAACACCUCAACUGUGGAGAUAUCAACCUCAACUGCAGAACAGACGAACAAAACAAGUCCGGAAAUAACCACUACAAAAUCUCUGACUGAGGGACAAACAAACAAAACAGCACUGGAGAUAACAACCACACCUGCGGAAAAGACGACCAAAUCAACUCCAGAGACAACCACUACAACACAGAAGAACACAACAUCUACCACAACAUCGUCUACAACACAGAAGAGUACAACUUCCACCAAGCAAACAACAUCAACAAAAAUACCACCACUGAAUACAACAACGACCAAAUCAACAACGAUCACAAAAAAGCCAACAGGAACUGUGUUGGAGGUUACAACGUCAUCAUCUAAUUACUCAAAAACAGUGGAAACAACAAAUAAAACAUCACAUGAAAACAAAACAUCAGAAAACUCGACAGUUUCUGGUGCAUCAACGACAAACAUAACGACAACAGAAAAUAAUAUUACAUCAGAGAUACCACCAACUUCCACAACAGAAAUAACCGAAACAAUUUUCAAUUCGACAAUGUCAGCUUUUGGAGAAUCGAAGACAACCAAAAAAACGAAGAUAACAACAAUUAUUUUUACCCAACAAAAAUCUUCAGUAAUUUCUACAAUAAAUCCAACCAAAAAAGAAGAAACUACUCCAAAUAUUUUCUUUUAUUUAAGCAUUAUCUUUGCCAUCAUUAUUAUUUUAUGUUUUAUCUGUGUUUGUUAUUCGUGCCGAAAAGAGAUUUGUCAACUAAAAAUAUUUCGAAGAUUUAAGAAAAAUAGAAAAAGAAGAAAAUUGAGGAAGAGACUUACAAAGAAGAUAGAAUUUUCAAAAAAUGAUUAUGAUCCAGAAUUUUGUUAUUUCAAACCCGAUGAUUUUAAUGAGGGUGGUCCUAUGAAAAUUUAUAAACAAUUAAAGGUUCCAUCAACUGCUCCAAAGAAUGUUGAAUUGGCCUCAGACCUUACAAAAAUUAACAUCAAUUUUGAAAAGAAAAUGUGUGUUAUUGUAAGGGACAAAGGUAUUUUCGGAGUUUGUUUCCUAAUGUUUAUAUCCAUUUUGUCGUUUAUAAUUCCAUCCCACUUUUCUCACGUUUAA